CUCCGGCAGCCGGAAGUCCCGCCUGCCUUGUAGCCACUGCCGCCGCCGCCGCCGCCGCCGCCUCCGCCGCCGCCGUCGUUGUUGUUGUGGUUGGUGCGCUGAACUCCGCGGCUCCGAGAGCCGUCUGCGUCCUUUCCCCACCGCCGCCAUGAAGUGGAUGUUCAAGGAAGACCACUCGCUGGAACACAGAUGUGUGGAAUCUGCGAAGAUCCGAGCGAAAUAUCCCGACCGGGUUCCGGUGAUUGUGGAAAAAGUCUCAGGCUCUCAGAUUGUUGACAUUGAUAAGCGGAAGUAUCUGGUUCCAUCUGACAUCACUGUGGCUCAGUUCAUGUGGAUCAUCAGGAAAAGGAUCCAGCUUCCUUCUGAAAAGGCAAUCUUCCUGUUUGUGGAUAAGACAGUCCCACAGUCCAGCCUAACUAUGGGACAGCUUUACGAGAAGGAAAAAGAUGAAGAUGGAUUCUUGUAUGUGGCCUACAGUGGAGAGAACACUUUUGGCUUCUGAGGACCAGUGCUGGGCUAGGUGCACCAUUCCUGCUUGUGUAUCUUGUAAAUAGCCAGCCAUUUUCAGUUACCCUACCAGAACCUAUUCACAUAGACCUAUUAGUGCAUUUGUAACUGGAUUUAUUUCUUAAUAUAUUGGAAGGUUUUGUUUCCUUAGACUAGUAAAUUAUCAUACAGAGUUUUAUUUUGAGUUUUUCUUUUUGUGCACUGUCCUCAUGGCUACACUCUCCAGGGAACUCGUUCCUCUGGAAAUCUUAUUUAAUGAAGAUAUUUCCAUACUGAAGUGAGGGAGGUGGGGAAUUAAAAGUGCAAGGGAGGGGGAUGUUGCAUCUAUUCUGGAUUAUGUAUGAAGUGUUAGAUGGCUAAGUAUUAAAAGCAUCCAAAUUAAAUCCUUAGCAAUCAGGACACUUGCUUCACUAGAUUUUGCCAACUGCCAGUCAUGUUGGACUAAGCUAAUCUGUUCCUCUUUCUGAAACUAUUAAGGUAAAUAAUUAACAAUAAAACUUCCUCUUAUAAAGGCA